AUGGGCGCGCCGGGCGCGUGGCCGCGCGACUCCCCGGCGCUACUCAGCACGGCGCUGCUGCUGGGCGGCGCGCUGCCCGAGCGCCCGCCCGCGCCGCUCUUCACCAUCGACAGCAUCCUCGCGCCGCGCCCGCCGCCCGCCAUCCCGCCGCUCCAGUUGCACCAUCUUGCGCACACGCCCUUCCACAGAGCGCACGAUCUUUUCGGGGUAAGCAGCGUGGGGAGUGCGGCGGGUGCUGCUGGUUACGCCGGGUUGUACGGUGGGUAUGCAGCCGCCGCGCUAGCCGGCCUCGCGGGACCUCCGCCCAAGCGCAAGCGUCGACAUCGCACCAUUUUCACUGAGGAGCAGCUGGAACAACUUGAGAGCACCUUUGACAAGACACACUAUCCCGAUGUCGUGUUAAGAGAACAGCUGGCUCUACGCGUCGAUUUGAAAGAAGAGAGAGUAGAGGUAUGGUUCAAAAACCGACGAGCGAAAUGGCGCAAACAAAAGCGAGAAGAACAGGAGAGAUUGCGGAAACUGCAAGAAGAAAGGACUUGUGUUCGGACACCCCUCCUUCCACGACCACAGCCUGAUCACUCUCCACACUCUCCACACACUACGCAUGUGUCUCAAUCACAGCCCAACAGAAAUUACUCUGACGACUCUGAUUCGGAGGUGGAAGUCGCCUAA